AUGGAUACUUCUAGUUCAACGGACAGCCAACCGUCCGAAUUCAGUGACUACAACCAGAGAGUCGUGGUAGCCAUAAUGAUUGGAACUGCGUCACUCGUAGGAAUUAUCGGCAACUCCCUGGUGAUCGGGGCUGUGCUUCUGUCGAAAGUGCUGCAGACAACCACCACCGCCUUCAUUUUCAGUAUGAGCGUUGCCCAUUUGUUGUGCAGUUUGGUGCUUCCAUGGGAUGUGGUAGUUCUGCUGAGUACGGGCGACCUACCCCGUGGUGAUCGUGAGUGGAUCUGCAGUGUGACCACCGUUACUAUCUCCAUCACCAUCGGCGUUGGCCUUUACACGCUGGCUGCCAUCGGCUUGAACCACAUGCUGCUGAUCACGCGACCGACGGCCAAGUUCUUCACGCCCAAGAAGAUUGCCGCGGCCAUGGUGGUCACUUGGCUCAUCCCGUGCCUAGUCGUCGUUGUGCCACCACUGAUCAAAGUGGGCCAAGUCGGCUUCAACGAGAAGUUCCACCUUUGUGGUAGCAAAUUCACUCCCGGCUGCAAAACCUACAACUCCAUCCGAGUUCUUGGCUUGUACCCUAUCCCCCUCGUGUGCAUCAUCGUCUGCUGCGUGCUCAUCUGGAGUCACCUUCGCCGCCACGCCCAUGUACCAGCCACGUCCUCGGACAUCGUCGGCCCGACUCAAAUGAUCACCAAGACCAUGCCGUUUCUUUUGGGUGCCACGAUUAUUUUCAUGACACCAUAUGCCCUUUGCAGAGCCAAUAGAAGCUUCGAGCCAGCCCUAGCGUACGCAAGUGCCAUCUUGUUCUCCAGCUGCUCCAUCAACCCCAUCAUCUAUGGGAUACGGCACCGUGACUUCAAGACCGUCUUUGGCUGUAUCUUGCGUCGCGGUUGGAACGACAUCCCCCAACCCUCAGCCCUGCUGCAGUCCAUGGGAGGAGUCAAGAGUCAGGAUAAGGAGGAGGUCGGUCUCCAUGGCGAUUAA